AUGGCGCGGCCACCCGUGAUCGGCCACUGGGCCGACCCCGACUUUGAUCCUCAGAUGCAGUCACCGCUGUUCAAUAUUUUGCCCUCAGAGAUACGCGACUUCAUUUUCCGAUACGCGCUGCAGGAGUACUGUUCCGCCGAAGUCCAGGCCAAGCUGCCGAACCUCGCCGUCCGCCACGACCACGAGCCGGUGGAAGAGGAGGAGGAGACGCCAUCCGUCGACAUUGCAGUGGGUCCGAGUAUCAACGCCGCUCGGCGCGUCGCCCGGCGCGCCCCCUAUGGUUACGACUGGCUCCGCCCAGACAAUGUUGAACCCAUGACGGUAACCACAGCGCUGCUACGAACAUGCCGACGGGUCUACAUCGAAGCGUAUGAACUGCCUGCGUGGCAGAGAGAGCACAGAUUUUAUAUGAUGCGGGGAGACUAUGGGGCCAAGGCCGUUUGUUCCAUCGACACGCUACGCACCCACUUUGAGCAGCACUUAGCAGCCGGGAUCUAUUGGCGAUUAUCGCCCACAGCAGUAGAAGACAAUGACGAACAGGUGAGGUUGGGAGAGGAGGCGCCGCAGCAGCAGCAUCCAAGACAAAAAUUUAUCCGGCGCGGCCUGAUCCGCCGUGUACGAUUGUUUACACAAUUAUUUUGGCUUGAGGACUCGAACAGCCCCCUCCACUUCUGGCGUCUCGUCACAGAAACUCCCUGGCUUGGACGCGUGGAGCACCUUCGCAUCACGAUCCGUCGCGGCGAUUGGUGGAACUGGGAGUCGAAGCAGUCUCUCAGCAUCAACCCUUUCCGGGGCACCGUGAGCACGAGGGUCAUGAGCGAGGACAUUGAGCGUGCAGCGGCGCGGGCCGCCGCCGGCGACAACGACAUCAACCCCGACUUUUCCCCGCGCGCCUGGGGCCUCGCCUUUCAGCACCUGCGGUGCCUGGAGACGCUCACCAUUGACUUUGAGACGGCCGAGGACCAGCGGCAGGAGCUGGACCGCAUCGUUGAGUGGGCGGUCGGAUGGAAGCUGCCGCUAGCGCCGGGCCUCUUUGGCCGGCCGCGGUUCCUCAGCGCCCAGGGCCGCCCCGUCGAAAAGAUGAGCUGGCGCGGCCAGGCCUGGCACUCGCAGCCGGGUCUCUUUGGCCGGCCCAGUACCGCAGUUGGACGACCCCCAAGGCUGUAUGUCAGUACUGUGACUUGGGUGCAUUGUGAGGACAGAGACUGGAGGAGGGAUGAUAACGUGCAGGGUACCGCCGUAUGA